AUGAAAGAACCAUGUUUCCGAUGUAAACGGCCAACAUACUUUAAUGAUAAAAUUGGUCCCCUCAAAGACGGUGUUCUUUUCCAUAAGGGAUGCUUCAAGUGUUGGAUUUGCGGCACCCGACUGUCGUUAAAAACCUAUCACAACAAUCGAAAUGAUACACAGGACCUCGAGGUUUAUUGCGCUGGCCACGUCCCAACUCCAGGACCCCACGAUCCCAUCCCGCAUAGAUCAAACCUACUAUUCAGCCCGAAAACAAAAGGAGAAUAUCCACAUAACCUAAUGCGACCUACUGCGCCAUAA